AGUCGAGCCGUCCCUCGCCUCCAUUCCCGUCCCUCCGCCAUGGGGAUCGACCGGCGGCGGAGAGCGUCUCUGGCUCUCACCUUGAACUUCCUCGCGCUGUUCCUGGCCGUGUCGGCGCUCACCACCAGCUACUGGUGCGAGGGCACGCGCAAGGUGGUGAAGCCGUUCUGCACCGGCCCGGUCACCACCAAGCAGUCGUUCUGCAUCAGGUUCAACAGCUCCAACAUCAACGACACGCGCCUGGUGCAGUACAUCUGGGAGACCGGCGAGGACAAGUACGUGAUGAGGAAGUUCCACACCGGCAUCUGGUUCUCCUGCGAGCAGAACCUCAACAUGACCGGUGAGAAAUGCAGAAACUUCAUCUACGUUGCACCGUCAAAUGAAAGAGGAGUGCUGUGGCUGUGCAUCGUGGCCGAGUGCCUGUACAUCCUCCUGCUGGCCACCGGGGGCAUCCUCAUGUCCAUGGAGGUGUGUCACAUCGGCAACGUCAUCGACGGCCUCAAGCUCAACGCCUUCGCUGCCAUUUUCACCGUGCUCUCAGGCCUGCUGGGCAUGGUGGCCCACAUGAUGUUCACCACAGCCUUCCAGCUGACCGUCAGCCUGGGCCCAGAGGACUGGAAGCCUCAGACGUGGGACUACAGCUGGUCGUACAUCUUGGCGUGGAGCUCCUUCACGGCCUGCAUGGCGUCGUCGGUCACCACCAUCAACCGCUACACCAAAACCAUCCUGGAGUUUAAGCACAAGCGCAGGAACAUUGAGAAGAACCUGAAGAUCAAGCAGAAGCUGCUGGAGCUGGACUCCCCGGAGCAGGUGUGGGACAUGUACAUCAGCUCGGUGCCCAGCACGGCCGAGGAGCUGCUGGACCUGUCCUCCAACGGCCGCAAGCUCUCCAACGCCUCCAUCUUCCUGGACCUCAACGACCUGCCCGACCCGCAGGGGGAGGAGUACUGCUAGAGGGAG